GCCUCUGGCAAGCUGUUAGAGCGUAAAGUAUUAUCAAGAAAAUUUGUUUGAACUCUGAAUCUGAUUUAACAAGCCUUUAGAUCGGAUUAAGCAUUGGGGCGAUCGCCCGCUUCCAGCUUUUUCAAGAGAAAAUAUUCCUGGAAUUUGAAAGGUCAUUUUGAAGAAAGGUAUGUUCAAUUCAACUGUGAUCAAAACAAUGUAAUUUGCACAAGAAUACAUUUCAUUGAACCAUUUCUUGGGGUGAACCAUAGUUUUACCAAAGGGUAAUAUUUUAGGCUUGGGGAAUGGAGGGGGGAAAAUGCUCAGGAAAUAAAUGUGCUAAUAGUUUUUAAAUAGAUGUAAUGCAAAAAAGACUUCUUUUUUUCUUUCAUAGUUAGAUUACAGAAAAAAAAUUAUGUUAAGUAAGUUCCAUUUCGUCAGAGUAAGGAAUCUGGACCGAGAUGGGAUGAUUAGAGGACAUCAUAAUGAACAGUUUCAUUGAACGACCCCUUUUCUCAAUAAUAAAGAGGUCUUAUUUUGCAUAUCACGUGAACAUGAUGCGACGAUGCAUGCAAAAAAAUAUUCCAAUCAUUAUACAUGCGGUCCGGAGUUGCAACGUUUCAAGUCGAAGUCCAGGCAGCUAGCUCCUUUGCGUUGAGAAAUCAUUUAUUUGGUGAUUAAUCUGUCCUCUUGACAACCCAGUUAUUUUCCUCAACUUUGAAAGAUCAUACCAGAAUCAAAAUGCCCGCCAAAGGCUCUGCUAUGAAGGGAGAAAAAAAGGCUGUCAAGUCGUCCAAGGCGAUGGGAUCCCGAACAGGGGACAAGAAGAGAAGGCGAAGGAGGAUGGAGUCAUACAACAUCUACAUCUACAAAGUCCUCAAACAAGUUCACCCCGAUACUGGUAUAUCAAGCAAAGCCAUGUCAAUCAUGAACAGCUUUGUUAAUGAUAUCUUUGAAAGGAUUGCAGCGGAAGCCUCGAGGUUGGCUCAGUACAACAAGAAAAGCACCAUCAGCAGUAGGGAGGUACAAACAGCUGUUCGCCUCCUACUUCCCGGGGAACUGGCCAAACACGCCGUAUCAGAGGGCACCAAAGCGGUUACCAAGUACACCACGUCGCGGUAGAGAUGCGGUCAUUUCGAACAGCUCCGGUCGCCACCGAAGUCAGAAAAAUGGUUGAACCCAUAUGGAAUGAAUCGCUGAGGCAUUAACCGAGAUAAAAACAUGCUGCAUCUAUCAACUAAUCUUUUUGGUGAUCAAUCAUUUGGACGAUUAGUAUCGUGAAAUAUUAAAAGAUCGUGUCACUUGAGCUAGUUGUUGAAAUUACAUCACAUGCUGAUAUGUCGGGAUCUGAGCAACGCUUGUCUUUCAUUGUUCCAUCUUUUGAUCGAAUUUCUUUGUUUGUCGAAUGAUUUCGGUUUAUAGUCAAGGAUAUACAUUAAGUACGCCAUCUUGAUAUUUUUUAAUGUUUGAGAUUCAUUUGUAGAAAUAAAGUAAUAUUGAAAAACAAUAUGCAUUUUGUAGGGCGGGGGAAGGGGUCCGUAAUAAAAUCCUACAGAAUAACACAAUUUUAGUUAUUGGCAUAACAGACACUUAUCACAUGCAAGUUUGGGGCCAAAGAAAACGAUAGAACUAUAUCAGAGAAUGAUUCAGUCUCUUGUCCUUCACCGGGUAGAUAUGUUUAAUUAAAACUUCCUGCUGAGUAAUUAUCACAAUAUAACUUACUAGUGUAUUCGUUUUCUGAGAUUAAUACCAUACGAAGUUCGGAAUUUAAGAACGAUGUUUAGUUAAGAUUUUGAAAGAUUAAGCCCCACCCUCCCAAAAAAAAAGAUCAUUUGAGUUAACAGAGAAAACCAGAAAACAUACUUGUAGCACUGAAAAUGCUAUGACAAUUGGAUAUAAAAUACGAAAUUAUUGGCAUUUUAAAGUUUAGUUUUUCCAUCACUGUAUAGGCCUAUUAAUAUAUAAAAUAUCGAAUGUUCAUUAUGAAAUAGUGUUUUCACAUUUUCCAUUAGGAAUCGAGCUUGAAUUUAAGAGAGGGUGGGAAAUGGGUAAAAAAUAUAUAUAUCACAUUCAUUUAAUGGAAUAGAAAUGAAAAAUGUGACGUCAUCGGUUUCCUCACUUACAUACCUUCCAUGAGAUAAGCAUAUAACUGUCUCGAGAAAUAACCCCCCCCCCUCAAGAUAAAAAAAUCAAACUGUUCAUAUUUGUUUCAUUCGAUUUUCUCGGAAAGUUCAAUGUUAUGAUUCUUCGAUUUUCUCUAUUAGUGGAUGGACAUGCCCUUCAAUGCAGCUGUGAUCAUAUUCUGGGGG